CGGCAACACAACAAAACCACACAUCAAUGGCUCUGUUUGUGCGCCCGUCUGCCUUGCGGUCAAGUCUCCCUCGAGACUUGAUCGCCGCCUGUACUAUAUCUCUCAAUUCACGCCACUUCAGUGUGCUCAAUCGCCCGCCGCCAAACUAUCCUGGCCAUGUCCCUCUUACCUUCAUUGAGCGGGCAGGCCUGGCAGUUGGGUCUGCCGUCAUCUCUCUGGCCAAUCCAUACCGGGGUGAUUUAAUAGCGGCUCUAGGAGAAGCAACCGCGACGCCCUACUUCAUCUACCGCCUGCGAGAUGCGAUGCUGGCCUCCCCCACAGGCCGACGGAUCCUUCGAGACCGGCCGCGCAUAACUUCACAGACGCUGUCUAUGACAUACCUCCGAUCCCUCCCCCCAAAUACAGUUGGACGGGUGUAUGCAGACUGGCUGGACCGCGAAGGGGUAUCGCCUGACACGCGGGAAUCGGUCAAGUACAUCGACGACGAGGAGUGCGCAUAUGUAAUGCAGCGAUAUCGCGAGUGCCACGACUUCUUUCAUGCUUUGACUGGCCUGCCUGUAAUGGUGGAGGGGGAGGUUGCGCUCAAGGCUUUUGAAUUCGCAAAUACUUUGCUUCCCAUGACGGGAUUGAGUAUGUUUGCAGUGACGAGGUUGAAGCCGGCCGAGAGGAAGAGGUUCUUCACCAUCUAUGGGCCGUGGGCAAUAAGGAACGGACUGGGGGCACAAGAGGUAAUCAACGUAUAUUGGGAGGAACAGCUGGAGAGGGAUGUGGAAGAUCUUAGAGCGGAGCUGGGUAUUGAGAAGCCUGUGGAUUUGAGGGAUAUCAGGAAGAGAGAAAGAGCAAGGAAAAAGGCGGAAAAAGAGGCAAAGGAAAGGUCUGGUGACAGUCUGGGUGUGAACUAAAUUCAGGGAACAUGAAGGUUUCUGGUCCAGUAUAGAAUGAUACUCCGUUGUUAAUUUCAGCACGCCGAAUACUGUGAUAGUUGGGUCCCUCCCCUAACGCCCUGCUCAUGCCAUGUCACAAGUCAAACAGAUCGUCAUCCUCGUCGUCCCAGCCUCCCUUCCUUCUACUAACCACAAUCUUCUCUUCCUCUUUCUUCUCGGCCACCGCAUUCAGCAGCUCCUUUAAUUGCUCCUCUGUCACCUUCUGCCUUAGCUGUCCCGACCUCGCCAGCAUGAUCAGUCUAUUCUCCACGUCCACCGCGCGCGAUUC